CAGUUGGCUGCAGCAUCAAACGACUGUCCCCCAUUACAAUACUAUAAUGGUGCAUCAUGUGCACCAUGCUCAACUUGUCCUCGAGGAUUCGGUGUUAAGACCCAAUGUUCAGCCCUGAAAGAUACAGAGUGUCAAGAGUGUUGGCCUGGAUAUGAUUAUUCAGGGACAAAUGAUAUGACGCCGUGUAUUAAGUAAGUCAGAACUAACGCAAUAGAUGCAUUCAGUGUUAUGAGAUUGUUGGCGAGUUUAUGUCCUUGUAUUGUUGCUUGAGGUUGUUCAUUCUACUGCGAAGAUCAUGUUCAGUUUCAAAUACUGUAAUGAUAGACUGCGAAUAAUACGCUCAUUUUUUUCUCAGGGAUAGUAAAGUGAGCGAGAUACGUCAGAGCGCACGUGAUAUUUUCUUCCUAUUAACCCCCUGACCAACCUCGAAGCCCCUUGCAAACGGACGCAACAUUGUUGGCCAAGACCUUUCAACAUUGUUGGAUGAUACUACUUAUUGUGUCCCUUUGCACAUCCUGUUGCAUGUCGUUGCAUCUGUUUGGACACCAUUGCAACACUUGCGGCAACCAAGUUUGGAGUUGUUGCCUCCGUUUGCACAUAGCUUAACGGCCUUCCCUCCGCAUGUAGCCUCUCAUAUAAAAAUGGUAAUUCUAAAGAAUAUUGGCGUCAUUUGCUUACUAUACUACCAAAAAGGAAAGCCGGUCAGGGUUUACUCAAAUACUGUCUCACAGAUAGUUACAAUGAAGAAAUAACAAGGUAUCCAGUUUCACUCUUCUCUAGCCUUUUCCUAAUUUUUUCUUAACUUUGAUUUUUCCCCAAAAAUCAUUUUCAGGAGCCUUUUAACAUCAGGGUCUUUCUUCGUUUCACAGAUGUAUUAACGACCGUUCAAAUUGUCCCGAUGAAAAUUUUAAGGUGAUAAGGAAGUGUACAAUAUAUUCCCCAACUCUCUGCAGUGGUUGUGACGAGGGAAACUAUUUCGACAAUAGUACAGGAUUAGACGGGGGAUGUGUGGAGUGUUCAAAGUGCGCCAUUGACGAAGUGGAGACACAAAAGUGUAGCACUGCACAUGACCGAAAAUGUGAAAAGAAGCCAUCGACUACGAGUGAAAUAUGGGCCCCAAGUAAGUAUAACUAAACGCAAACAAAGGAAACUGGCAUAGUCUGUCCCUUUUCUUUUUAGUCUUUGCCAACUUUCUAAGUCCACUUGCUGAUGGAGACAGGUAUUUUGUUCUUUAAAUCAUCAGUUAUUCAAAAAUAUUUCUCCGUGUCUGAUUGGCUCAAAUGCCCCGGCUAAUUCUCUCUAACCAACUAGCGUUGACCAAAUUUGGAAGACGUUUGCGGUAUCUCGUAAAAUGACGUAAUUUGAAUAGCACAUGAUAUUGUCAGAGAAAGGAACAGUAGCAUAGAAGCCCUGAGGACGAGGUUGCGUUAGCUUUGCUGUUUUGGUAGAGCUGGAGAAUAUGGCAGAAAAUUAUGCACUUUUUUUAAAGAAGUAACGUUGUGCCUUUAAACUUAGUAAGAACAGUGAAAAUAUAACUCGGCGGUUGGUAACUGCUGCUUGAGUAUAAAUAGCUAGACUAAACAUCUCUUAGCUUUCUAUCCUGAGUUUACCGAGGAACGGGCAAAUGAAGACGGGAACUUGACCGACCGAAAAAUCCACCGGCGUCGAAAGCUUGGUACCCAUAUUCCCUGGUCGGUUUUUGGGGUGCGAAAUGUCGAUAUUUCAUAAGUAUGGCCGCGGCGAGUAGAACAAAGUCUGAAAAUGUUUAUAACCGUGCUGGUAAACGAAAGCCUAUGGGAAAAUCACUGUCAAUAUGUCCUGGUCACUUACAAAUUAACGAGGGAAAUCGUCAGUAAAUCGUGAGAUGAUAGAAAGAGUGUAUAAAGGUUUCUGCAGCCAAAUUUUACCGUUUACAAAUUGAGGGCUGUGUCAACAAGGCUGUGCACCUUCUAGGGGACCCAACGAGUUCUUUCUAUAAGGUAAUACCGUGUGGAGGAGCAGAUACUGCCUAGAAAUUAAAGCUCAGGAAUUCGAAAGGCCAAAAAAAACACCCUGGAUAACUGUCCUAUUCAUCUGAGAUAUCAGUGUUUUUUUUUUUUCCUACUCAAACUUACCUGAUUUUUGGAGGUUGUGUUGCACGUUGUUCACAUUUUGUUACCACGCUAUUGCGAUUACUGUUUGCAAAGGUAUCCCGAAAAUUUCGUUAUAAAGACGAAACGCUCCCUAAAAUCUUGUAAUUGAAAGUACGGCUACUCCAUGUCCUCCAACUUUCGACCGGCCCCUUUAGAGUGGCUACCAAUUUCAAAUGAGACGAAAAAUCACUUAAAACUUUCGAGACGAUCAAGACACUGAUCCCAUUCAGAUAAAUUGUUUUUUAAGGGCAGCGCCAAAUGAACAAAACACGCUUCUACAAAAUAGAGAAAACCAGUGGAACACGUUUGACGUUUUAUCUUAACAACCUAAGCUUUAUUUGCUUGACUAUAUGAAGUUACAGUAUUGUAAAACCUUUACGAUAAAGUUACAAUUAAUACUAAAAAUUGAUAGGUAUAAUAAGACAAUCAAUGAUUACAAUGCAAAACAUUCAAAACAUUCGGUCGUUGGGUGCUCCUAAUAUUCAUACCACUGAUCUGUCAGCAUCAGGUACAGCUGGUCAAACAGAAAUCACCAAGACAGCGAGCGUUCCCAGUAGCAAGAAUAUUGAUCGGAUUGAUUGGACACAGGCCUCCACUACGGAACGUCCGGAUCCCGAAGAGAGAACCUCAGGGAGCAAAACAUUAGUUUGGGGACUUCUAUCCGGUUUCCUAGUAUUACUGGCUGCAGGUGUCGCUAUUGCGAUCCUAUUACGUUGGAUUAGAAGAAGAAGAAAUAGAAGAAGAAGAAGACGUAAGAAGAACGAAGACUCCAAUGGUUCGGCUCAUCAGUCCACUCCAUUAAUGCAGCAGCGUAAGUAAAUAAAUAACAAAUUAACAUAAAGGGCAUAUAAUUUUCUUAUUUUCUUUCUGUGAAGCGUUUAAUAUUGAAAGCAAAUAUAAAUUACUCGUUAUUUCACAUUAUACAGUCAAAAAGAAUCAUUGUGGAGGGUCACAAAUAUUUGAAAGACCCGUAGACAAUACUUUGUUAAAUAUUAAAUGGUAAGUAAUAAGUCAUAUCAGACUUAAAACAUUUUGAACUAUUUUCAGAUAAAUGCAAGUUGUCAGUGUGUUUUUGAGAACAUAGGAAUUGUUUUUUUUCUCCAAUCAAGGGAAUAAAUUUUUCACUGAGGAGCCAGAGGUCCGUGAAGGUCAGCUGAAAUAGUGAGAUUUGAGAUAUUUCAAAGACUUUUUUACGGCUAAUGUCAAUCUACGUGACGGCCUAAAAAAGGGUAGGCAGUUUGACGGCUGUCGGUUGACUGCUAUGAGACCCCCAUGAAAACCGUAUUAAACGGCAGCCAUGUUGGUGUCCCAAACCAAUUUAAACCUUUUUCUAAUUAAAUAAUAUAAACUUUUUUGUUGACAAAAAUUUUGCGUAACUGCUGGCCAUGUGAGUGUGAAAAGAUGGCUCCAUAUGAACCAAACCAAGCAUAUCCUCACUAUAAGAUUGAAUUCUGAAUCAACUAUAAGAUGGAUUCAAGGUAAGACAACGCUAUAAGUUCAUGCUUAGAGAGCGUUCGGUCUGACACAUAACUAAACUUUCUGUUAAUCGAUUCACUUAUAUAGGAAUAGAAUCAACAACUUUUUUAAAAACCGUAAAAUUCCUUAAUUGUUUCACUGGAUAAGAUUACCCUGUAGUUGCCAAUUUUAUAUAAAUGCUAGGCCCUCAAUAUUCUUAAAAAAUCUUUCAUUUCACUUUAUUAUUUUUUAACUUUCAUAGCUGAAAGAAAUGUUAACGUUAUCACAAUAAUAAUGUCUUUAUUUUUCUUUUUUCUUUCCUUCUUAGAUGGGUUGGAUACAUUAAUUUCAAACAUCAAAACUGCUGAUAGAAAGUUCAUAACCAUGCACCUCAACGAAAAGGAUACUCAUGGUAAAUUUCCUUUUUUUUUUUUUUCAAUUUUUAGGGUUUAAUGCUCUCUUUAUGGGUAUAUUUGACGAAAUUGAAGUCGCGAUGGUCGCUAUAUGUUUGAUGAAACGACGAUCGUAGAGAUUAAUUAAGUGAGCGAUGGCAUUGCAAUUCUGAUCAAUUUUGACGGCGUUAGUCGUGCGAUGGCGGCAAAGAAUCUCCAAAAAGUGUGCUAACAAGUUUAGGGUUAUUGUUUUGCUUAUUAAAUCCCUUUUUCUUUUAAUUCUCUCGUUUCGUCGUCGUCGUCAAUUCAUGCGACGAUUGUGUUGAAAAUCAGGCGGUGAUUUGAUGGAAGCUCGCGACCAAAAAAUGUACCCAUAGAGAGGCCUAUGGUUUAUGCGAUCAGAUACCACUUUGUUAAAGCUAGACUUACACAGUUUGCAGUGUGGAGAGCUGAGAAAUGAUGAUUAAGUCUUGCGGGCUGUCAAGGUCUUACAGAGAGUCCCAAUUACGUUAUUUUUGGGGAACACUCAUCGUAUAGGAAAGUCACAGGGGUCAAACGGAUUUUUUUUCUUAGUAUUAGACAGUGUUUACUUAGUCUUGUUGGACUGAUUGGUUCUAUAUUCCCAAUUUUAUACAUUAUAACUUGUUGCUCCUACAGUUCCGCUUCCCUCAGUCCUUUAAGCUCUUAAAUCCAAGGCUUUAAAUAUUUAAAUAAUUCCUCUAUACAGUAUACUGAUUUAAUGACUCGAGAUGCAGAUAAUACACAAGGGUUUUUAGAGUUGUCGGCUGUUUUGUGUGCAGUAAGUAAAGUAUCUGUGCAGCUGAAGAGGUUUCAUUCGCAUUAUUCAAAAGUCUUUUGCACUCAACCAAGAUUCCUCGUAUAUUUAAAUACUUUAAGUUGUACUCUUUUCAUUUUAGGGUAUCACUACUGGAAAUUUGUUGCCGACCACGUUGGAUUAAAGGAAGAAAAAAAAAACUGGGAACAAUCGGAUAAUCCAGCAGAGAAAUUUCUACAGGCGUUCUCUGUGAAGGAACACAGCACAAUCGGAAAGCUCAUUGAGGCGUGCGGGGAAGAGGCUGGUCUGACACUCCUUGUUAGUGAGCUGAAAAAAAAAAUUUCAGCAGCAAACCAGAGUGGAAGCGUUGAAAAUUUGGCUCCGAACGGAUCUACAUGGGUGUAA